AUGAAUAGACCACCCUCCAUGGACGAGAACAUAGUCGGACGUGAACUAACUUCCCCAAUUGCUGCAAAUCAAUAUCAGCAACAACCACAACCAUUGUCAUCGACAGCAAAAGAUGACACUUUGUUUGGCAAUGGCCUGUCGGCCACAAAUGAAAUACCAUCACGUAUCGUCGGCAACGGCGGCGGCUCAUGUCAAUACGAGAAGCGUGAACGAGUUGUCAUUACCAAAAAUGUUAUCGUUAUUGGUCUGGCAUUUAUGAUACACUUCACAGCAUUUCAUGGUACCUCAAAUCUCCAAAGUUCAGUAAAUUCUGAUAAGGCUCUGGGCACCACAACACUGGCUGUCAUUUAUGGAUCAUUAAUAUUAUCGAAUAUAUUUUUGCCAAUGUCCGUGAUAAGAUGGUUCGGUGUCAAGCUAACAAUGGCCUUCUCAUUCUUCGCCUAUAUGCCCUAUAUAGCAGCCCAGUUUUAUCCACGUUUUGUAACCCUAAUACCUGCUGGCCUAAUGGUUGGAUUUGGCGGUGGUCCUCUAUGGUGUGCCAAAUGUACUUACCUCUCCACCGUAGCUGAAGCCCUAACAUAUGUCCCGGGGCAAAAAUCACAAAAGGAUGAUAACACCGUGAAAUUUUUCGGUCUCUUCUUUAUAUUCUAUCAAAUGGCUCAGGUCUGGGGUAAUUUAAUAUCAUCCUCAGUGCUAUCAUUGGGUGGUCCAGCAGGUGAUUCCAAUUCAACAUCUUCCUCCAAUGAAACGGAUACUUCACAUUUGGUGGGCGAGUUGUGUGGUGCGAAUUUUUGUCCCAACAUUAAGGCGGAAGUUAAUCCAAAUCUGACACCACCUGAACCUAGUAAAAUUCAAUUAUUGAACUCGAUUUUCUUGGCCUGUAUGGUGGCUGCGGUGCUAUUGAUUAUUUUUGGAGUGGAUUCGUUGAAGAGAUAUGGUGCCAAAAAAGGUGAAUCGGGAGGUAAAGAUGCCUCAGGAUGGAAAUUAUUAUUGUCCACCCUGAACAUGCUGAAGAAACGUAGGCUAUUGCUAAUGCUGCCCAUAACCAUGUUCAUUGGUCUGGAGGAGGCAUUUUUGGCUGUGGAUUUUACAAAGUCCUUUGUUGCCUGUGGCUGGGGUAUUUCCAACAUUGGCUUUGCCAUGAUUUGUUUUGGCGUUGCCAACGCCAUUGCGGCCGGAUUCGCUGGUGGUAUUGCAGAGAAAUUUGGUCGUAUUAAUCUGGCAAUAUUGUGUGCGGUAUUAAAUCUAUCCCUCUUCGGUUAUAUGUAUUUCUAUGAAGCCAAACAGGGUGACUAUAUGAAAUAUUGUGCCUUCGCUGCCAUAUGGGGUAUUUGUGAUGGUGUUUGGUUGGUUGUUAUCAAUGCUUUUUAUGGCAUCUUAUUUCCCAAAGAUUUGAUUGCCGGUUAUAGCAACUUUCGUUUAUGGGAAUCAACUGGUUCGGUCAUUGGCUAUAUUAUAAGUUCGCAGUUUUGUACAUCACUGAAAUUGAUUAUAUUAAUAUGUGUCCUACUAGUAGGGUGUACUGGAUAUGGCAUUUGCGAAUAUCGUGUCAAUAAGAAAUAUAAACAACUGAAGGUUGUUAUAAGUGAUAAUAUAUAA